GGGAAAUCACUUUCCAUAGAGACGCUCAAUCAGCACAAACUUUGCACAGUUAGAAAGAGCUGGUGAAAGAACAUGUAAUGCUGACUGCUCCGAUUUUUACUACUUCUACGAAGACUCUUCCUGGGACGACUUCACCAACUGCCAUUAAGAUGCUGCUAUAUCUCUUGCUGAUUCAGUGCGUACUAGGUGCGCAAAAUAAGGCUCUAAGUUUAGAAGAAGCAGAAAAGCUCACGGGUACAGAACUGGUAGAUUAUCUCAAAACGCAUCAGACUCUAUUCGAGGUUGGAGAGACUCCUGCAAGUGUAGAGGGAAUGAAACACUUGAUGGACAGCAAAUAUACAAAGAUACCUGCUAACGUGAAAAGAGUGAAGUUUGAGUCCGAUGAGGAACUGCCGGAAAGAUUUGAUGCCCGUGAGCGAUGGCCAAGGUGCAAAUCUAUAACCUACAUCCGUGACCAGUCAAAAUGUGGAUCAUGCUGGGCUGUGGCUGCUGCAGAAGUAAUGAGUGACCGACUCUGCGUACAAUCUAAUGGAAGAAAAAAUGUUCAUCUUUCUGAUACCGAUAUUCUGGCCUGUUGUGGAGAGCCGUGCGGUGAGGGAUGCGAAGGUGGGUGGCCGUAUAAAGCCUGGAAAUUCUUGCAAGAAUACGGUGUAGUCACAGGCGGACACUAUAGGGAAAAGAAUGUAUGCCUUCCAUACUCCUUCCAUCCAUGUGGCAACAAAACUGGCCAACCUUACUAUGGAGAAUGUCCAUCAACCAGAUACCCAACGCCAAAAUGCCGGCAUAGGUGCCAGUACGGUUACCCCUUCGAGUAUCCACAGGACAAGUAUUAUGGACGCAGUGCUUACUACAUUGAAAACAAUGAAAAAAUGAUAAGACAAGCAAUAAUGAAGGACGGACCUGUCGGGGCUGCAUUCGACGUUUACGAAGAUUUCAGGCAAUACAAAGGAGGAAUUUAUAAGCAUACUGCUGGCAAACAAACUGGCUCUCACGCUGUAAAAAUCCUAGGUUGGGGUAAAGAAAAUGGGACAGACUAUUGGAUUCUCGCAAACUCUUGGGGAGUCACUUUUGGAGAGCAAGGUUACUUCCGCAUGGUUCGCGGUGAGAACGAUUGUAAAAUAGAAGAGGAGAUCACUGCGGGAGAUUUGAUCGUUUGAUCACAAUUUUCAAUUAUCUCAAAUUUAUAAUGACUUUUUGGAAAAUGAAUCGUUUCGAAGGUCUCAG